AUGGAUCCCGUAUCAGCCAUUGGUUUGGCAACCUCGGUAUUGACUUUCAUUGAGUUCGGUACGAAAGUCGUCAACGGUACGAAGCAGAUAUAUGAUGCAACAUCAGGUGUCAAACGGGACAACGCCACUAUCGAAACCAUCGUCGAUGACUUGCAGAAACUCUCCACGAAGCUGUCUGGCCCAGACCCGAAACAUAGGACAGAAAGCGACAAAGACUUGUGUGAAUUGGCUGCUGAAUGCAAGAGACUGGCCGAGGACUUAAAACAUCUGCUCUACCGAAUCAAGCCGAAGGUCAAAGGUUCUAAAUGGCAUUCCUUCGUCUCGGCCCUCAAGAAUGAGAGGUUUUCCGGCGAGAAAGAAGAACUUAGAGUGAGACUUGAAGCAUGUCGCGGACAAUUGCACUUCAAGCUCAAUUACGUCACGAGUCGGGACACCCAAGACAAGCUAAAGGACGUUAUAGAGUUGUCGACGAGCAGUAACACCCGCCUUGGGGAGCUUCAGGCGUCCAUUGAACAGCUUAGAAGUAGCAUCCAAGCUUCUGGACUUGAUGAAGCAACUAAGGGCGGCCUACAAAAGCUACUCGAUAUACCGGAGGAAAAGCUUGAUUCCGUGGCCCAGGAGCGGGUGCUCAAUGCCUUGAAAUUUGACCAAAUGAACCAUAGGUUCAACCAAGUCUCCGAGGCACAUGCCAAGACCUUCAAAUGGUUAUUCUCUAGAGAAGAAAAUGAAGAGGACUUCUAUGAAGCGGAAGAGAGUAAGGGAGAAGAUUUCGAGAAGGCCGAGCAGGAGGCAGAAUUCACCGAAGAUAAACAACGUGGAAAAGACUUUUGCGAAGAGGUAGAACCUAAGGAUGAACCUUCUGAAGGCAGAGAGAGUAGAGAAGAGUUCUACGGAGAGAAACGAUCCAAGGAGUUAUCCGAAGAGGAAGAACGUGAAGAAGACAUCUACGAAGAGAGAAAACGUCAAGAGGAAUCCGAAGCUGAAAUGAAGUGCCAUGAAAAAGAACUCGCUAGAGAGAAACAACACGAAAAGGAGAGGCGAGAGACCAGGAGAAGAUUUUUAGACUGGCUUUCUUCCGGAAGUGGAGUGUUUCACUUUUCUGCCAAGCUUGGUGCAGGGAAGUCAACCCUGAUGAAGCUCAUCAUUGGCAAUCCGCAUGUCCAAGAUAGGUUACAGCAAUGGGCUGGUGACUCACGGAAGCUUGUUCUCGCUACGCACUUCUUCUGGAAGCCUGGCAUGUCUUACCUUCAGAAAUCGUUCGAAGGCAUGUGCCGAGCCUUACUGUAUGGUGUACUUAAUGGUCGACCCGAGUUGACACGCCUACUCUUCCCAUCUCACUGGAAGACCGCAUGGUCCACCCCUUGGCAAGUAAGCAAAGAGCUUGUGAUUCAUGAUACAGAAGCUCGAAAAGCACUCGAAUUCCUAGUUGAGCAUAGUAAGGUGGAUGGAACUUUCCGCUUUUGCUUCUUCAUCGACGGCCUGGAUGAACUAGAGGAGUCCACGGACGUCCAGCACCGUCAUUUAGCGAGGACAUUGAAGGAAUGGUCAACACGCAGCUCCGCAAACAUCAAAUUCUGUGUCUCGAGUCGAGAAUACAAUGUCUUUCUCAAUCAUUUCCAGCAAGAGCAAAGGAUCCGGUUGCACGACUUGACGAAAAAAGACAUGGAAAGAUACGUGGAAGAUGAAUUAACCAGGGGCAUACGAGAUUACGGCACCUCUGAAUCCGAUGUCGAUUCUGUUGUCAAGCAUCUUGUCGACUCUAUCGUUUGGAGGGCUCAGGGGAUAUUCCUCUGGGUUAAAUUGGUUGUCAACGACCUGUGUAACCAAAUGGAGAAUGGAUCCCGACCAGAAGACUUGCACCAUGAGGUCGAUAAACUCCCUGAAGAUAUAGACCGUCUCUUCCGUCAUUUCAUGACCUCUAUCAGCCAUGGCGAGAGUCAGAAAGCGUACCAGACGCUAGAUAUUAUUGUCAGUGCUCAGAAAUGGUCUAUUUGGGUUACCCUUUUAAGCUGGAAUUUCCUCGAGGUAAAGAAGAAAGAUCAACCGGCUCUAUCAUUUGAGUCUUGGGUAUCAAGGCCUAGGAACAACUUUGAAGACGUGGAAGUUUCGAAAAAAAGGUUGAACAACUGUCUCAGAGGCCUAGUCGAAGUUACGUUCGAAGGCAACGAGGAGGACGAGCACCUGACGAAUUGGUACUAUCUUGAGGUAGCCCAUCGCUCCGUUGCAGAAUUCGUUGCUCAAGAGAAGGAAACUGGAAACAAUUGUCAUAACCUGGACGAACUUGACACCUUGGACGCCCUAUCUUAUAUUACUGUCUUUUCCUGGCGAUACCAAGCUGACUAUAUUGAGGAUACGUUACAUUGGUACUGUCCCCAGAUCAGUAACCUUCUGUUCAUGAGAGUAGAAUGCUUCUCGGACACUUCAAACUUCGACUUUUUUGAGGGCGUUGCGUCUAUGAUUGAGAAUCAUGAUCCAAUAUCUGAGCGCCUCAAUACAACUUGCGAAAGAGUGGAAAUUGAGUCCCAGAUCCAAGCGGGAUAUAUGAGUUGUGAGUGUGGUGGCACAUACUUCUCUACGGGACGGAGACACAAGAAGCUCAAGAUUGAUAAUGACGGGUUAGUACUUGAGCUUCCUAGCCUCCGACACAUGCUCCUUCAGGGAGGCUACGACACGUAUGAAAUUUCCAAACUGCAGACGACGCAAGGUAUUGCACAAAGCCCCGGACACGUUUCAUUACUUGCGAGCUGCAUUUUCACCCACAUAAUGAAUUUAGUUGACGUUGAGAGACACUACUAUGAUUCACCAGACUCCGAGUUUGGCGUGGCUGUGAUCGGUAGCUUACUCGACCAAGGCCAUUUGUCUCCAGAUUUCGAAAUGCAUACCUGGUUCUGGCCACUAGAAGAACCGGAAAUCCUCGCUGACUGGCGUCCGACUCUCCUGGAAGUCACAUGCCUGGCUGCGUCUAUCCUUGCCGGCGGCGACCUCAUUACUUCGAUUCAAGGCAUUCUUGAGCGUCUACUUCGACACAGAGGGAAUCCAUGUUUCACGAUAGAAGCAAACAUUGAGGAUGAUGGAAAAUAUACAGUGUCCCUGGAGCGUCCUGGAAUCGGCAAGCGUCGCCUUCUUCUCCCUGAACUAAGGGGUAGUAAAGAUGAGCCACCCCGAAUAUGGUACGAGACAACAAUGCUUGGAACUUGGCAACCGAGACAGAUCAUCCAACUGUCCAGUUUCAAAAACAAAGAAACUUUGCUGCAGCUCUUGGAUGAUCAACUCGGGGCUGAGCAUAUAGAGGCCGAAGAUGCCAUGUCGCUUUUUCAAGAUGAUCUGGAACCACAGCAGGAUGCAGCGGACAAUUGUUUAGGAGCAAAGGAUCUGCAACAUGACGAGAGUUUUCCAAGAAUUGAGGAUUCAUUGGUCGGAGAGCUAUGUGAGGUUGAACAACUCGUUGAAGCUGGGGAGUCACAGUUGUCAAAAACUGCUCCACGAGGCGAAUUCAUUUCGCAUCCGAUAUUUUGGGCAGUCAUAGGUUUGUUGACCCCGGAUAGGCGCACCGUCGAAUUGAUAGAACGAUGCUAA